GUGGAAAGCAUGAGAACUCAUGGGUUAUGAUGUGAUUUGAGAAGCGACUGUCAAGUGGUGUCAGUUCCCGGCACUCGAUAUGCUUAUUUGGCCGUUAGCCUGCGAUUUUUUGCCUUUCAUCCCUGUCCCUGUUCCUGCCAAUUGACUCGGCAUGGUUGCAUGUAUCUCUUCGCAAUCCACAGUCUGUGUUUGUAUUCCGUGCUGUAAUCUGAUCACGGUGGGACUGCGGCGCAAUGGGCUGACUAGCCCUUACUAUCUCGGUACCCCCGCGGAGGACUACAGAGUACUACCCCGUACAUACGGAGUACGAUGUAUAUACUCAGCACGAGCUAUCUACAGUCUUCCUUACUGCUUAUCCAGCUGUCUAAUACUCUGUACCUGUAUCUGUACAAUAACCAGCAUACUGUAACGUACUGUCACCGCUGCUGCCCAACCGCCACCCCCUAGAACUGGAAC